UCUCUAUUUUGGAGCCUCACAUGAGCUUGUGCUAGAGUUAUUUUUUCUUAAAACCAUUCUCUUGAUGGACCAUCUCUCGGUUAGGGGCUUCUCUGUUGAUCAAAGUGGAACCUACAAAGCAGCCCUCCUUAGAUUGCUUUGAUUCGUCCAUAAUUUUACUAAUUUGAUGUGGCUGAUUUUUCUGUGAUUUAAUUCAAAUGUUCAGUAUUCAUUAGAAGAGAUCACUGAGCUCAGCUCAGUGCCAAAAUAAAUGAGAUGUCCAUCUGAUUCUUUCUAGCACGAUUAUUUCUUGAUUAAAGUUCCCAUUACUCUUGCUUCCCCUAUAGUCAUCGCAUAUCUUGUAAACCACUAAUAAAGGUGGAUUAAGCCAACAAGAGUGCUCCCCUGCAGAAGCAGCCAAGGAUGAGUUUCUUAGGUUAGUUUCAAAAAGUUGAAAGCUGGUGAAUGAUAUUUGCAUUGGUGCCAUAGAGCCUCAUUCAGAGCUUUUAGCACACUCCUGUACAGAAAAAAAAGCAUCAUGCAAGUUCAGUUCAUCUUAUUUCUUUUUGCAGCAGGGUCUUAAUUUUGUAUGGCAGUGCAGCCGAGGGCUAAAUGUCAUUAUUACUUAAACCAAGGGAAAAAAAUAUUACGUUCUCUUCCAGUGAAGGGUUAGAGAGGGAGUAACCUAAUAAAGAAAAUUUGACUUGAUUGAGCUCAUUGAUUCUAUUAAUAUUUUGUUUCAUAACUUAGAUCCAAUUCAAAAUGAAGCAAUAUUCUGAUAAGAAUGUAGAAGUACAAGAAUGCAAUUAGAAUUUCUACUUGAUAUUUAACACUAUAAUGAAUCCUACUAGCUUAAAGGCCAGCAUCAAAAUUUAGUCCUAACAAUUUUCCAAAAUAAUUUUGGAGAGGAAGGGGUCAUUUAUAACAAACUACUUACACAGGGCCCAGUGGGCUAGUUCGUUCGGUCGGAGCCUCCCUGGGAGGACAGGUAAGGGGCAGUUCUAGUCUUUUCACUUACAUUCCAAGUUGGCAAAAAUUACUGGGACAAAAGGGUGAGCAUGGGACGAUCAGAGAAAUGCAGCCUCUAUUGUUGAUAAAGCCGACAGUUCUACUUGCGGUGACCCUCGGUAGCACCAUCCUCUUCAUACUUUUUUUCCAACCACGCCACCUGUCUUCUUCUCGAAACCUCGAUUCCAUGGCUGCGCGAAGCUUUGUUCUUUGGCUUCACGGGCUAGGUGACUCUGGCCCUGCCAAUGAACCCAUCAAGACCCUCUUCAGGUCUCCCGAGUUCAGAAACACCAAGUGGUCUUUCCCUUCUGCUCCUGAAAACCCUGUCACCUGCAACUAUGGAAUGAGGAUGCCUUCUUGGUUUGACAUCCACGAGAUCCCUGUGACAGCUGAUUCUCCAAAAGAUGAAAGUGACGUUCUUAAAGCAGUUCAGAAUGUGCAUGCAAUGAUAGACAAAGAAGUAGCCGUGGGGACAGAUCCUAGUAAUGUUUUUGUGUGUGGAUUUAGUCAAGGAGGUGCCUUGACCUUGGCUAGUGUUCUGUUGUACCCUAAAAAGCUUGGUGGAGGUGCAGUCUUCAGUGGAUGGGUUCCUUUCAAUUCUUCAAUGAUAGAAAAAUUUCCAGAAGAUGCAAAGAAGACACCUAUUGUGUGGUCUCACGGAAUAGCUGACAGAACAGUGCUUUUUGAGGCUGGACAAGCAGGGCCCCCUUUCCUUGAACAAGCGGGAGUAACCUGUGAGUUUAAGGCUUAUCCUGGUCUUGGCCAUUCAAUAAGCAAUGAGGAGCUGUGGUUCCUCGAAUCAUGGAUCAAGACUCGUCUACAAAGUUCUUCAUAGAGGUUUGAUUAUCUUGAGAGCUGUAUCUAAUUAUCGUCAUUGGUUUGUAGUGGAAUUGUCAAUUAAUUAAAUGCUAUAGUAUAUGGAAGAGUGACUUGUGAGGAUAUUUUUCAUAUUUUGAUAAUUAUAAGUUGAGAGUCAACUUCUGUAUUGUUGCUUUAUUUAAAACAAAAGUUUCUAAACUUGGAGUACAGAGAAGGGUGUAUGAUCUAACCGCUUCCCUUUCAUAGCA